ACGCAGCUGCUCGCCAACUCAAACACCGGGAAUGAUCGACGUGAGAACGUGGAACUGCGCCCAGUCCUGUGAUGAAAAACAGCAAAGCCGGCGAAAUUGAGGACACUUCACAAAGGCCAACGGUCCUUGAACGACAUGCUGCGGCUGAAGGCUGAAGGCUAAAAGCACGGAGGCGGGAGGAAGCGCGGGGGUUGAGGGCGGCCGGGAGGGCCUCGAAUGCUUUUGGCGCCUGCAAUGUCUGCAUUAUGGCGGUUUCGGAGGAGGCUAGACCUGGUCUUCUGUUGCCAACGCUGCAUGAGGCGCGAAUUGUCGCAAAAAGGGAUCCAUGUUCGUUUUGGGGGGCGGCAGUGUUGGUACCAUUGGCUUAUACAUGCGGCUCUGCGUGAAAUUUGUGAGGGGAUCGAAGAAAAAGCAAAGAUUCGGCCGAGGCAGCCUGACUGGGGUGCCAGCCAGAGCUGAGAGUGCCAGACAGGCUUGCAGUUACGGAGAGAGCCUGACGUAUAAAGUUAAAGCCGUGUCCGAGAUCCUACCAACGAGGAUUGUUGACAUUACUGAAGGCCUUGCGCGCUCGAACAGCCUUAUUCUAGUCUCUCAUCUCUGCGCUCCGUUUGUCCACGCCCUGAUAGUUGCGAGAAUGACAACGACUAGCAGUAGAGGACCUCUUGACAAUGGAGGACCUUAUGACAAAGAGUUCUUCGUUUUCAAGAAACCAAUGGUCGCCGAAGGUAGAGAGCUGAACUACCUUGGUGUUGCUUUUGAGAGCCCUCAAAAAGGUUCCAGCGGCAGAUUUACCCCAAAGGGACCAGGACAGGCACAACCUCCUGCAGUAAUCCCGACCAACAACGCGCAGGGAAGAAAGUACGGAAGUCCCUGCCCGUGGCCAAAAGACCUUCUCACUACUCCGGGAAAUACACUCUACCCCAACGAGGCAACCGAGGCCAUUGGCGUCGAAAAGAUUCUUCAGAACGUCAUCGGUAACGACACCAAGACCACGUUACUCGACACUAUUGCCUUCGCUUUAAAUGUCCAUAAAGAUGACCUCGACACAACUGUCAUACCAAUCAUGCGGCGUUGGACAAUGGAGGAUCCAGAGAAUGCUAUCGAAGAUCUGCUCCCCAAUAUCGAGUAUCGACUACGCUUGAUCGAUUUACUUGAUCAUCUGCCAGAGCUAGCCCGCGGAAAACCAAAGAUUCUGUACAUUGCGACAAACUUGAUUGCUUGCAGUGGGCUUUCGCUCGCCCGCGUUGAGGAAUUGGACGUGCAGCUGAAGGUUGAGGGCGGUGAUCCGACCGAUACGGUCAACUUGAAGUUGGGUACAAGCGUGUACAAGGUCAAGAACAGCACCUUGAAGGGAAAGUAUCAAUCGGACGUGGUAAUGUGCAUGUCGUACCGAAAAGUGGCCUACAUGCGCUUGAAGGAGGGGGAUUCCCCGUACUCCUCUCCAUGGUGGCAAUUCUGGGCAAAGCGAUAUGACGCAAAAGUGCUCGACCUAGCACACCGGUACGAAGACGAAGACGGUACCAAACACUAUUUCUGGAUUGACCAUCACGAUGCAGAGGGUCAGGUACCGGCUUUCAUGGGCUCGAACGGAAAUCAGACAACGGAAGACAUGGGCACAUCUGCUAGCGAGUUAAAGCAGAACGCAACAGAGAAUUGCGACGGCAAACAGGGAAUGCAGCAAGAAACAGGGAUCUUUGAAGACGCCACGAUCUACAAAGGCCCCGGUGACUUUAGUCACAACGACUUCGGGUUACCCCGAGGUUUCUUUGACGAUGGCAUUGAUCCUAAUCAGGAAACUGAAUGAGAUUGGCAUCGGAUGGGGAGACGUGAGCAGUUAUGACAACGAGAACUGGAAUGCAAGGGCUUCUUGAUGGUGAAAUUUUGAACAAGUCUGACGCU